CCGGAUAUGACGUCAGAGAUGUUCAUUGACCAAAAAAUAAUAAUUAGAAAGCAUCUUUGAGUAAGCUAGGUAGUUGUCAAAAAUAUUAUACCUUUCUGGAUAUUUUUAGAAUUGCAGCCUCAAAAAAGGUGGAGAUGAGUGCAGAGGCGGCGGACCGUGUGGCUGUGAGCGGCAGCCGGCCGAGCACUCCUCCUCAGACCUCCUGGUUCGAGUUUCUCCUGGAUGAGAUGCUGCUGGAGAACCACCUCCAGAAGUCCCAUCCAGAUCCUGUUCCAGUGCAGCUUGUCAUCCAGUUCCUUGAACAAGCGGCCAAGCCCUCUGUGAACGAGCAGAACCAAGUCCAGCCUCCUGCAGACAACCGCAGGAACCGCACUCUGAAGCUGUUGGCUCUUAAAGUAGCAGCACACAUGAAGUGGGAUCUAGAUGUAUUGGAGAAAGGCUUGACUAUCCCUGUGUUGAACAUGCUGCUGAAUGAGCUGCUGUGUGUGAGUAAGGUUCCACCUGGAGUGAAACAUGUUGACCUGGAUCUGUCCACCUUGCCUCCCACCACUGCCAUGGCUGUCAUCAUCUACAACCGCUGGGCCAUACGAACCAUUGUGUUGAGUAGUUUUCCAGAAAAACAGACCAAACCUGGGCCUCAUCAGAUGAACAUGUUGAAUAUUGUGCAGCAGGAGAAAGAGCUAACUGAAAACAUCCUGAGCGUGUUGAAAGAGCAGGCAGCGGACUCUAUCAUGGUGUUAGAGGGUGCUCUGGGGCUGAAGAAGGACUUCUAUAUCCAUACCCUGAGGACUCUGGACCUGCUGGCUGCCGACCCCAGUACUACUAACGGGGAAACGGAGUCCUCCACAGCAGGCCUUAGGAUCAGUGCUGAUGAGCUGCACUGUCAGGUGCAUUACGAUUUGGGAGGUAUUUUCUUUCAACAAGGCUGCUCAGACCAACUGGCAUAUGAGAAGGCCAGAGAGCAUUUUCAACAAACAAGGGAGUUGCUGUUGAAGUUCGACUUGACGCUUCACGUUCACCUGGAUGAGAAGCGUCUUGCUGGGUACUGGAACGCCUGCAGGGCCCUGACUGGAGCCUCGGACCCCAGUGACACCCAGCUAAACCCCUACGGACAGAUCAACAGCCUCAUCAGAACUCAGAACUACCAGGCUCUUGUAGAGGCUUUCAUCAAAGACAAUGUGUCACUCAGCUUGCCCAACCACCUCAGACAGUCUGUCCUGAGGGAGUUUUUGCACAAAGUCCAGCAAGGGGAGAGGGGCCUGGACGAGGUGUGUCACAAGCUUUGCGUGUGCAAUGCUGUUCGAGACGCCCUGCAAGGGGAGGUCCUCAGUGUGCGUUUUCAGCAGCUGCUCCACAAGCCUAGAAAACACGUGGUGGACUUUAUGCUAGAGGUAUGCACAAGGUCAUUAGACAAGGACCAUUCAUCAGAGACGUCCAAGAGGAAGAUGGUUAUUUUUCUAAAAACCCUGUGUGAGAGCUUGGCAGAGCCCCACCUGGUGUUCGUGGUCACCGCCCACAAGCUGUUCACGGAGCUGCUGAAGGAGGAGGAGAGGAAGAUCCUGGUGGAGCAGAUGAGGAAGAGGUCAGCCACGGUCAACCUCUACGCCAAGCCUCUGCCCUCCUUCUACGACAUCCCAGCCGCGGCCAGUGUCAACAUUGGACAGCUGGAGCAGCAGCUCAUCCUCUGCCUGGACGCCCGCCGCAUCCGACAGAUCCUCAUUGAGCUGCACGGCAUGGCCGAACGACCCUUCUGGAGGGUUAACAACAAGUGGGAAGUACCUCCAGACUAUAUCAAUGUGAUCCUCAACAUCAAAGACAACCUGACCAAGGAUCUGGUGUACAUCCUCAUGGCCAAAGGGCUUCACUGCAUCACUGUAAAGGACUUUGCCCACACGCGGCAGCUCUUCUCAGCCUGUCUGGAGCUGGUGACGGAGUUCUCUCCUAAGCUAAGGCAGGUGAUGCUGAACGAAAUGCUGCUUCUGGAGGUGCGGGCCCAUGAAACCGGGGCGGCCGAGGGCAGCAAUGUCAGACCCCCACCCGAUCUGGUCAGCAGGGUGCGAGGCUACCUGGAGAUGAGAAUACAUGAUCUCCCACUGCGCCAGAUAGUAGGGGAGGAGUGUGUGGCCUUCAUGUUGAACUGGAAGGAGAAUGAAUACCUGACACUGCAGGUGCCCCAGCAGCUGGUCAUGAACAACCCCUACAUCAAGCUGGGUCAGCUCUUGGCCUCCACCUGUAAGGAGCUCCCUGGUCCUAAAGAGAGCCGGCGUGCAGCCAAAGAGUUGUGGGAGGUGGUUGUGCAGAUCUGCAGUGUGUCCAACCAGCACAAGAGAAACAGCGACGGACGUGUCAGCCUCAUCAAACAGAGAGAGUCCAGUAUGGGCAUCCUGCAAAGGAGCCGAUUCAUCACUUUCAUCAAGAAGCUUCGGGAACCACUGGUGCUGACCACCCUUAUCUCGCUUUUCGUGAGGUUUCAUAGCAUAGUGCGGGAUGAUAUUGUCAAUGAAGUGACAGCAGAACACCUUGCCAUUUGGCCAUCAACCCUGGCAAACAUGCAGGCUGUGGAUGUUGAGGCAGUGGCUGUGACAGUUAAAGAGCUUGUGACCUACGCCCUUACACUGAACCCCAACAACCAGUCCUGGCUCAUCACACAGGCUGACAUCUACUUUGUGACCAACCAGUACUCUGCAGCGUUGCAUUUCUACCUCCAGGCUGGGGCAGUGUGCUCUGACUUCUUUACCAAGGCUGUGGCUCCUGAUGUCUACACUGACCAGGUCCUAAAGAGAAUGAUCAAGUGUUGUUCAAUGCUGAACUGUCACACACAGGUUGCAGUUCUUUGCCAGUUUCUAAGGGAGGUGGACUACAUGACAGCAUUCAAAGCUCUUCAAGAACAGAACAGUCACGAUGCCAUGGAUUCAUUCUAUGACUACAUCUGGGACGUCACCAUCCUUGAAUAUCUCACACACAUCCACCAUAAAAGGGGUGAGAGCGAGAAGAGACAAAUUGCUAUUAAAGCGAUUGGACAGACUGAGCUGAAUGCUAGUAACCCCGAGGAAGUUCUGCAGCUGGCUGCACAGAAGAGGAAGAAGAAAUUCCUGCAAGCUAUGGCCAAACUGUACUUUUAGAUAAAACCGGGCCACCAAACGUGUGGGGGGGGGAAAGUACAAAUGUUUGUGGUCGAAAAACAUUUUCAAAUAAAUAGUUAUCAGUUCA